AUGGUUCACAAGAAGACUCACUUGAUGAUAGACAAAGGCCUACAGCAGUUCCUUACUGCUCGCUGGGUUUCUGAUGUGUCAGUUGAGGCUUCAUCAAUGCAUGGUGGGUUUACCAAAUACCCCUCGGUCGGUACAGGGCUCUCUUCGGCCCAAUAUUGCUCUCAGGGUAUUCAACAAAAAUACCUUGCUGCAGCAUACAUCAGUCAAAUCCACGAUGGGUCGGUCAUCUGUGUUCGGAUGAAACAACUUACCACGAUCGGUCUUCAACACAGUGACAAGAUAAUGGGAAAUGAUACAGCUUCGAGACAAAUGGCUUACCAAGAAGUCCUUGGGACACUGCAAGCUGUGGGACUUGAUCUUGCACGGGAGGCUGACACUCAAAACUGGGGAAUGGUCUCACAAAUUGUGGCUGUUGUCUUGGUUCAUGCAUUAGCCAAGGUACAUGGACAUCUGGGAUGA